CGUUAUUUUUCAAGAACUAAAAGAUCAAAUGACAUCAAGGAUGUUCAACGCAAGAGUGACCGAGGGACAAUCAACCACGAGGCCACCUUUGUUCGAUGGAACAAACUACUCGUAUUGGAAGGAGAGGAUGAGAAUCUUUAUCCAAUCCAACGACUACAAGCUGUGGUUGAUUGUGAAGAACGGCUGCGGAGUCCCAAUGAAGAAAGUCGGUGAAGUCAAUGUUCCCAAAACCGAAGAGGAGUUCACCGAUGAAGAUUGCAAAAAGAUGGAGCUCAACGCUAAGGCAAUAAACAUGAUUUAUUGCGGUGUUAAUGCGGAUGACUACCGCAAAAUUUCGCGGUGUGAAACCGCAAAACAAAUGUGGGAGAAAUUGGAGGUCACCUACGAAGGAACCACGCAGGUGGACGCAAUCGAAGAAGGUCGUGACUUCCAAACAACGACCUAUGAUGCUCUUCGAGGUAAUCUUAUUACCUACGAAACCACUCAACUCUCAAAGGUGGUUGAAGAAAGGAGCAAGAGGUCUAUUGCUCUAUCCGCAACAACAUCAACCCACAACAAAGUUGAUGAUGAAGAUGAUGAUAGCGACGACACCGACCUCGGACUCUUUGUUCAAAAAUUCAAGAAGAUGAUGCUCAAGAAGGGAGCCAAGAAGAACACUCCACCCAAGUGCUAUGGGUGUGGUGAAAUUGGGCACAUCAAACCAAUGUGUCCGAAGCUCAAGAAUGAGAAGGACAAGAGGGCACCGAAGAAGCAACGUACCUACAUUUCUUGGGAGAACGACGGCUCCGGGAGUGAAGACUCGGAAACGGAGGAAGUGGCCAACUUAUGUCUCAUGGCCAUUGAAGAUGGUGAAACAUCAAAAGAGGCCCUCUCGAUUUUCACCAAGAGAGCUGCCAAUCUUGAGGUAAGGUCAACGGUGAGUGUGUCAGUGGAACCUCAGGUUUCACUACAGCAUUCCCCCUUUGGAAUUGAAGUUUCACCCGUAGACACAGGGCAGACUGUUACCCAACACAGUGGAGAUGUCUCAAGUCCAGAGGGCCUAGUUGGAGAUCCCACCUCCGCUGAAUCUAACAAGCAACUUGUUAUUUUCCAGCCAGAAGUAGCCCCUAACUAUAGCCUAUCCACCAGUCAAGCCGAAGGGUUCCCACCUCUACCUCGGAAAAUCCUUAGACCUUCUGCUCCCGCCUUUGUGCCUGCUUUAUACUCAUAUGCAGCUCUUAUCACUCAAGAACAAGGGACAGAAGCUAUUACAGAGCCGGAAGAAGACCCCUUUUCAAAUCUAAAUGGUCAUAACUUGAUUCUUUCCCUCAACGCAGUUGAAGACCACGCUAAGGAUAGGGAUGGACCCAUUCUCUAUACCCACUCCGAUGGGGAGGAUUUUGUGUUCAUAGAAGGAACUAAAGGGCAGAAGGACGUACUCACCGUCACAAAUUGUUACGAGGAGUGUGCUAGCAUAGCUGUGUUAGGAGACUACACUGCAGGGUUGCAUGGAAUAAUGGUGAUUUUGAAGUCUCCUCUUGAUAUAGCUGGGUAUUUGGUCAUGGGGCUGCAUGUUACACAUAGAGCAACACGAGAGACGGUGAAAAGCAUGGAAAAAGUGACCCUUGUCCAAUUCGAAGAUUCUAAAUACCCAGCAUUCAUUUCUUGUUCCAAAGCUGAUGAAAGGCUUGUGGCAGAUUUUCUAACGGGGGAGCAGGCUGAAGAGUCACAAACUUCAAUUGGUUAAUGUUUCGAACCUAUUGUCUAAUUUCAUUUAUGCAUUCAAGGGGAAAGGAAAAAGAAGUCCUUGGUAUUUGCUUUAACUUUUUUCUGUCUUAAGUAGCUCAGGGGAGGGUCACAUGUAGCUGGUUACUGUUGCACCAUUUCAGGGGUUUAGAGAUUGGGUUUUCAAGGUUUAUUUGAAGCUAAGACGUUCUGUCUCAAAGUGUGCCUAACGGUUCUGGUUAGAGAAUGGGCUUCAGAGUUGGAGCAGUUAAUCCAACAAUAAACAGGAGCUUGUUUCUACAUAAAAUGUUACUAAAGGU